GUGGUGCCGGCAUUAAUCCUGGAUUAAAAGAGUUUGAAUUGGUCGAAGAUUUUUUACCUCUUCAAGAUAAAUCCUAUAACGAGGAUUGGAUAAAAACCUGGUCAACGAAAUGGACGAUUGAUAAAAAUGACCUACUUCGGCUAAGAAAUCAUUUUGGUGAAAAAAUUGCGUAUUAUUUUGCGUUCCUCCAAUUUUAUUUUACAUGGCUUGUUAUACCAUCAAUUGCCGGAUUAGUGACCCAUUUUUCUGGUGCUAAAUACUCAAUACCAUUCAGCAUAUUCAUUACCCUUUGGUCAGUUAUAUUUGUCGAAUUCUGGCGUCGUAAAGAGUAUGAAUUGGCUGUCGACUGGGGUGUUCGUCAUUUCUCACGUGUAGAAAGACGCAGACCUGAAUUUAGAGCUGAAUGCUUUAUUAAAAAUCCUAUUACUGGUGAAGAAGUUCCUUACUUUUCUCCAUGGAAAAGAUGGCUAAGGAGAGCCGUUGUGGCACCU